AUGCCUGCCGGAAUCAUGGACACCCUCGCCGGCAAACAGCACCAGCAGCAACAACAACUACCACACUACUCAAGAUGCCGCCACCAAUCACCCCAGGAACCCAUCCUGCGGAGGACCCGGUUCGUCUGCGUGUCCGACACCCACAACACUACCGUCAAACUGCCGAAAGGAGACGUGCUGAUCCACGCGGGCGACCUGACGAACCAGGGCAGCUAUUCCGAGCUGUCACGGGCAGUAGCCUGGCUCGAGAAAGCAGACUUUGAAGCCAAAAUCGUCAUCGCGGGAAACCAUGACUUGACCCUCGACUCAGACUUCUACGCCGAACAUGGCAACCACUUUCACAACCAAGCGCCACAAUCCCCGGAAUCCUGCCUCUCUCUGCUCACGGACUCACCAAGCAUAACGUACCUCAACCACGCCUCGGCCACCGUCCGCCUCCGCUCGCCAUCAGGACCGCAGACUUCCUUCACCGUCUUCGGGUCGCCGUAUUCUCCCCGCAACGGGCUCUGGGCAUUCGGCUACGACGCACCGCAGGAAGGUACGGCAGAUUUGCCAAGGCUCUGGGACGACAUCCCGCUGGGCGCAGAUGUAGUGGUGACGCACACACCGCCGCACACGCAUGUCGACGAGUCUCGCCACCGCCGCGCCGCAGGCUGCGAGGCUCUCCGGCGUGCUCUGUGGAGGGUACGUCCGAGACUCGCAGUCUGCGGCCACGUCCAUGAGGCGCGGGGCGUGGAGCGCGUAAGAUGGGACCUAGGGUGCGCCAACACGGCGUUCAAGGAAGCUGGCGUAAAGACCUGGGAAGAUCCGGGCGUGGGAAAUAAACAGUCCCUGGUGAAUCUCUCGAGCAAAGGGGGAGAGCCCUUACUGAAUGACGGCGGCGACGUCGGCACAGUGACGUCUGUUGGGGGCGGAGACGGAACGGGACCGGGGGUCGGCACCCGCGGUCUCGGCGGCGACCCUGCCUCUGCCCGGGCAGACCGUGACGCGUUGAUGGGACGCCUGGGGCGGCAGGAAACGUGCGUCGUGAACUGCGCCAUCAUGGCCAAGAGUUAUCCUCACGUCGGUGGGAAGACGGUCAACAAACCUAUCGUGAUUGAUCUGGAUUUGCCUGUGUGGACUGAGACCCCUGAGACGGCGCAUGCAGGUGAAUGA